CUUUUUGGAAGGAAUUGAAGUGGCGUAUUUUUUUCUGAUUCGCCAACAUCUGAUAUUUGAAACCCUAGGAGAAAUUACUAGAACUAAAACAUUUUCGAUUAUAAAUUGUUUUUUUUUUUUAAUAAUAAAAAAGCUGCAAGUUCUUUAAAAAUAUUUUGUUUAAUGACACCAAAUUUUCAAAAGUAAGAAAUUUUUGCGAUGUCAUGGUUCUUGAAUGUUUUUGUAUUAUCCUAACCCCUUUCGGUUGAUUAAGAAUCAACAUGAAAACAUUCUACUCUAGUUAUUUUCUAGAACAAAAUGACAAGCGUAGUUUAGAUGGCGUUUACGCUGGCAUAAAUAGCAGCCAUUAAUCAAACAACUCUUUAGAGUCGAUUUUUUAAUUGAGUCCGCUUAUUCGUUUCUUUGUCCGAAAAAAUGAAGAUUAGUGCUUCCAGUCUACUUAUCGCAAUCGCUGGAUUCCUGCAGGAAUCAAAGUGCAUGCUUCCCCCGACUACUUCUACUUCUAGUGCAGGUACACAGUAUGGUCGCAUUGUGGUUUCAUUUUAUGGUAACAAAGACUAUAAGCCUAGUUUGUACCAGCCCCAGGGUGAACCUGACUGGUUGAAGAAUAAACCAACUAAGAAUUUUCCAUUGUAUGAGGUUUUUGUAAAUACACAUCGAUAUGGUGAUUAUAUGGCUGCAUUCUGGGAUCAAAAAAAGAGCGGUUAUACUCCGUUAACAUUUGAAAUCAUGCUUCCAAUUAAGAUCGAAGGAGUGAUCCGAGAGAAGGUCCUUAAGCGCGGUAUGCAGCCUUUCAAAGAUUACACUCCCGGGUCGUUUCAAAGAUCCAGCGAAAAUGUAUAUGUAGCCAUACAAGGAAAAACCAUAAUCAAAUAUGCACCGAUAAAACAAGAGGAAAAGGAAGAACCAGCAGAAGCAAAAAAACGAAACCUGAAAACGAGGGAUGGAUUCGACACGGACCCCUCUGCAACAAAAAAACGGUGGACACAAACAAGCCAAUAAUUUCGUUCAUGAUAUUUGUAUACUUUUUAAUUCCACCUAAAGAUUCUACUAUUUCUUCCAAUAGUAACCGUGAAACUCUGCGAAUGUACAAAUUUUAUAUAUAUUAUAUAAAAAUCCCGUGUCACGAUGUUUGUCACCACUAAACUCUGAAACUACUCUACCGAUCUUGAUGAAAUUUUGUAUAA